AUGCGACCGGUUUCCAUUGUAGCACCUGGCGAGUACCGUUGCCGGCCCUUCCCCGCGCAGGUAUUACUUGCAGGACAGCGACAAGUUGUCGGGAUAUUUCGGGAGUCCGAUCUAUUUGCAGCAACGGGCACCACGGGAGGCCCAUGUCGUGCAAGAGAAGCAAGGAGAGAGGACGCGCUGGUGACGGGCAUCGCCCCUCACACUUGA